CGCAUGCUCACAACUCUGUACAUCGAUUGUAAACAUUAAAAACCAAAACAUUCACGUGUGAAGUUAAUAAUAACGAAAUGAACGUGAAGAGUAAGAAAAAACGUUCUUUCCUCCAGCAAGCAAAGAAAUUUGGAAGACAAGGACAACGAGGGAGAGGGACAAAUAUUGCCCAGGAUCAAUAUGAUUAUCUGGUGAGAGUACUGGAGAGAUGGAAAGCACCAUUCGAGGAAGAUGAGGAACGAAGUAUUUUUGUCUCGAAUGUUUUCAAACAAAUGGAAGGAGAUGAAAGAAAUUUCGCUGGAAAUCAGCUGGCUAGUCGUGUUAUAGAACUUCUACUGCCCCACGCCCAGGCGGAUGUGCUGGUCAAAUUCACAAAGGAACUCACACAGGAUCUUAGGAUUAUCUGUACAGACCAGUUUGGAAGCCAUGUUGUUGAAAAACUGGCAAUCCUGACCGCCUUCAGCAAACUGGAGGAGAGGGAGGAGAUGCUCACCUGGCUGAGGAAACUCUGCAGGUUUCUGGCAAAUAAUUUCGAGGAUUUUUCCUCAAAUGUUUAUGCCAGUCAUUUGCUGAGAACCUGUAUUCAAUGCAUCACAGGAAUGAGACCUGAGAAUAAAGAGAAGAACCGAAGCAAACAGUUUGAAUCGAAGCAAACCGCAGGAUAUGAUAUACUCAAUAAAUAUCAGUUUAAAGGGGACCCUGAUCUGGAAGAAUGCUUGGAUAUUUUAAAUCAUAAUGUUGUAAACCUUGAACCCAGUCUUCUCCAGCUAGAACAGUGUAGUGCCGUUGUACAGACUUACCUCGCAUGUACAUCUCUAGCAGCAAAGAGUACUGUUUUGAAAUCGACCCUCAAGGAAUUGUUGGAAAAGAUAUUUUACUCAAAUCUGGAGUUUAUUGAACACCCGGCUCUCGUUAGAUUACUGGAAAGUAUUUUGGAGUUCAGUUCUGGGCAUGAGAAGAUGUUUUUUAAGAUCCACAAGAAGCUAUUUAACGGUCGCCUGCUCGAGCUCAGCACCCACGAUCAGGGAAACUUUGCCGUCCAGCGGUUCUUCGAGAACAUUCUGACCGCGGAGAUGUUUAGCUUGUGCUGGGCCGAGGUUGCCUCCAGCGUCGAGAAGAUCCUUGCCUCCGGAUAUACCGGAGUAGUGCUGGCGGUGGUGAAGAGUUGUGUAAAGUUGAAGUCUGAUCAGGCAGCUGUUCUUAAACAGCUUGGAGCAGCUUUGCAUUGUGAUGAGAGCUUAGAACAGCUUGCCCCAGCAUGUAUCAAGUUGAUGAUUGUUGAACGUCUGACAGAGGAUCUUCCUGUCCAUCUUCAUGGUAGUUUAAUCCUCCAAGAACUACUCAAGUUUAGUAAACCUAUACAGGUAUCCUUGUUUAAUCCUCCAGGAACUACUCAAGAACUACUCAAGGAAGGAUUAGCGAGGAAGCUGGCAGGAGAACUUGUUUCUCUCUCCUGUUCUAAACAUGGAUCCAGAGCUUUCGAAGCUCUUUGGAACUCAAGCUCGUUAAAAUCAAAGCAGAUAAUGGUUGAAGAAUUGUCCCAGCAGGAGAGUAUUCUCAGAUCUCAUCAAUUUGGAAAGUAUGUAUACCAGAAGUGUGCAGUAUCUGUGUGGAAACACCAGAAAGAAGAUUGGAACCAGAUAAUUACCAGAUCUGAUAAAGAUAUGGAACUAUUUAAGGAUAUUCUAGGAGACGUCGGUAAAGAAAAGAAGGAAAUUGAUAUCAAAGAGAAAAGAAAAUCCGAGGUAAAAGAAGAAGAAAAUGAAACCAAGAAGAUUAAACUGGAAAACCCCGAAACUCCAACGGAAGAGGAAAACAAAGAGAAGAAAAAGAAGAAAAAGAAAAUGAAAUCUUAUCUUGAUGAUCUUUGAUUUAUGUUUCUAAUUUUUGUUUAAAAUAAAAAAUUUAAUUCACAA